UUUGCUUAGACACUCCCAAAGUUGUUUUUGUUGUGCGUUGUAAGAGUCGUAUUUAUUUAUUUUCACAAAAUUUCGUUUUAAAACCAACAAGCAAAGUUGAGCAAUUAUAAAUUUACACAGAAAGAGUCGCAAAGGACAAUAAUGACCAACUAAUUUCGUGUAACUUGCCCUAAUUAAGCAGCACAUAACACAUUUAAGGACGCUAUUCCAAAUUCCAUAUUAACCAGAUUUGGUGUAUCAAACAAAAAUGGCAUCAGAACAUUCCAAAAAGAGCGGAAAACUGGCCCCUCUUUCUCCGCCUCCGAUACAGGAUAUAUCGGACGACGAGCUCGUCACCAUAUCGGUACGCGAUCUCAACAGGCAAUUAAAACUGCGGGGCCUAUCCAGAGAAGAAAUCGUCCGCAUGAAGCAGAGAAGACGGACGCUGAAAAACCGAGGGUACGCAGCCUCCUGCAGGAUCAAACGGAUCGAACAAAAAGACGAACUGGAAACCGUAAAAACCCACGAAUGGAAGAGCAUGGAGGACCUGCAAGAUGAAGUGUCCAAAAUGAAGACGGAAGUGCGGGAAAUCGGCGACAGAUACGAAGCCCUUAAACGUUUCGCAGCCUUAAAUAAAAUACCCAUUCCACCUGAACUGGAACAGAUAACAUGAAAGUGCGUAUAAAAAAUUGGACGGGAGUGGCUACAUGGAGAUGGGUGGCAAACGAUGACAAUUGCGGAAUAUGCAGGAUGCCUUUCGACGGAUGUUGCCCCGAUUGUAAAUUGCCGGGCGACGAUUGCCCUCUGGUGUGGGGCCAAUGUUCGCAUUGCUUUCACAUGCACUGCAUCGUGAAAUGGUUGCAAUCUCAACCGGUCAACCAACAGUGUCCGAUGUGUAGGCAGGAGUGGAAGUUUAAC